AAACGGAAAACUUUUUCAAAAGUAAUCCGUAACUGCUUUUGUCGUAUAGCGCUGCUCAACAGAAAAGGGCAUAAGGCGGGAAAAGUGAAAACUUGCACUGCAAACACUCACACUGUCAGUCUCUAACACACGCGCUUACACUCGCUUAAAAAAUCUCUUCAGAAGGUUCUUAGGGUUUCUGAUUCACUGCUGCAAUGGCGGAGUCAGAGAAGGAAGCAGUAAAGGUGAUAUCCCGUAUCGGAAAACAAUUGGGCGGAUACAAAACCUGUCCCAAUAGAGAUACUCUUGUCAACUUAUUAAAACAAGCGACUCGUGCUUUUGAAGGGUUAAAGCAGUCAGAAACACUGAAGCCUGUCAUUAAACCCUUGAGCAGUUCUCUUGUUAAGCAUAGUUUGCUUGUUCACAAGGACAAAGAUAUCAGACUUCUGGUUGGCAUCUGCUUCUGCGAAAUUGUCCGUGUGCUGGCACCAAAUCCGGGAUUUACUGAUGCAGUGUCUAGGGAUAUAUUUAAACUUCUUGUCAAUAUCUUCUCAGAGCUUGAAGAUACCAAGAAUCCAUACUUCAGCAUGAGGGUACAGCUGUUAGAAACUGUUGCAAAACUGAGGUUUUGUUUGCUAAUGCUAGAUAUUGGCUGCGAAGAUUUGGUUAAGAAAAUGUUUAAAAACUUUUUCGCUGUUUUGAGGGAACAUCAUCCUCCAAGUAUGGUUUCUGCAAUUGUAUCAAUAAUGUCACAAAUUUUGGAGGAGAAGAUGCAAGAGAAAGAGAAGAGCAGUUCCGAGAUGCUUGCUUCUGAAAAAAAAGUAUCUGAGCCCCUUUUAGAUGUGAUUUUGCAGAACCUUUUGAAAGAAGCAAAGGGUGCAUCUCGUGCGUCUCAUCAGCUUGCUGUCUCUGUCAUUCAAAAUUGCAGUGAAAAGAUCGAAGAUACCGUUUCAAGGUUUUUAAGGUCUUGCAUACUUAACAGAGACGCUGUGCAGAGUGAGAUCAAGGAAUAUUACCAUGAUAUUAUAUAUGAAAUCUUUCAGUGUGCUCCUCAAAUACUUCUUUCUGUCAUACCUAGCCUGAUCCAUGAAUUAUUGACAGAUCAAGUGGAUGUCCGGAUAAAAGCUCUUGGCUUGAUGAAAAAGGUCUUUUCAUUGCCUGGAAACCAUUUUGCGCAGGAUUAUCACCAGCUUUUUGUAGAAUUCUUAAACAGAACCUGUGAUAAAUCUGCUGAAGUGAGACUAAUUACACUUUCAUGUGCUCAAGCGUUCUACAUGACCAAUCCAUCAGGAAAAGAAUCACUUGAAGUUGUUUCUGCUCUUCAAGGUCGGCUUUUGGAUUCUGAUGACAAAGUGAGAUCCGAGGCAGUUACUGUGGUGUGUGACUUGGCAAGAUAUAAGCUAAAAUCUAUUGCCCCUGAACUAAUCACACGUGUUGCAGAACGACUGAGAGAUAAAAAGGUGUCUGUCAGAAAGAAAGCAUUGAAGAAGUUGUUAGAACUGUAUCAGGAAUAUUGCACACAAUGUGCUGCUGCCAUCAUGACUUUCAGUGAUCAUUUUGAACAGAUCCCCUGUAAAAUUUUGAUGCUAUGCUAUGACAGAGAUUGUAAGGAGUUCAAGCCUCAGCGGAUGGAGAUUGUGCUUGCUGACUCUCUGUUUCCUGCUUCUCUUUCAAUUGAGGAUAGAACCAGGCAUUGGGUCGUCAUAUUUUCACUUUUUACGCCUUGUCAUCUAAAGGCUUUAAAAGCAAUUUUGUCUCAAAAGCUGAGGUUGCGAAAUGAAAUGCAAGUGUACUUAACUCUCCUCAACAAAGACAAGGAGGAAGUCUCGGAAGAAAUAGAAAAGAAAAUGAAAAUGUCCAUUGCGAAAAUGUCAGCAUCUUUUGAUGAUACUGCCAAAGCAGCAGACUGCUUCCGCAAACUGGAUAUGGUGAAAGACAGUCAAAUCUUUGAUCUGUUGGAGAAGUUGUUAAAUGAACAGAACACUGAAGAAGCCCAAACCACCAGGGAUAACCUUUUGAGAAAGAUUGGGGACAAGAAUCUGCAUACUGAGUUUGUGCAAUUGCUCUCCAUGAAAUGUUCGUUUAAUCUAUUUGGUUCAGAGCAUGUGCGCUGUAUUGUAGAUCAUCUUUCGGGCGACAGAUUUGGAAAUAAGCAUUUGGAGGAUUCUUCCGUGCAACUGCUCUUGACUAUUCUUAGUGCAUUUCCUUCACUCUUGAGAGGGUCGGAGAUAGAAUUCGAGCACUUGUUGUUGGAGAAGGUUAUCCCAUUCAACGAACAGCUGAUCCAGAUUCUUGCAAAAGAAGGAUCCCAUAUGUCAAUCAACCUUGGUGACAUAUACCCGUUCUUGGAGAAGGUUUGCUUGGAGGGAAGUCGUACUGAAUCUAAAUUGGCUGUCUCUGCAAUUGCUGCGUUAAUGAGCCCUUCAGAGCAGUCCAUUUUCUUAAAAUUAUGCAAGGCACUUGUGGAUUCUCUGCGUCUGGGAAAGCAGCUUCCAACAGUUUUGCAGUCUUUGGGCUGUCUGGCACAACAUUCUGUUCUAGCAUUUCAAGCACAUGAAGAGGUGGUGACCCAUUAUAUCAUUGAGGAAAUAUUUCAGCUAACUGAUGGGGCCAUGUUGGAGGAUCUAGAUUUGUUAGAGAAGACUUCUGAAUGUAGUGGUUCUUGCCAAUUAAAGAUUUUUGGGCUCAAGACGCUAGUUCGGAGCUUUUUACCCCAUCAAAGUUCGGCUGAUAGUCGUCCAAUUAACUUUUUACUGGAUAUUAUACUGGAAAUGCUUCAGAAGGGCAGUCUUUGUGAUGGUAUUAUCUCAAGUGAUUCUGACAAGGCUCAUAUUAGAUUAGCUGCUGCAAAGUCUGUGCUUCAGCUUUCAAGAAGGUGGGAUUCACUCAUUUCGCCACAAAUUUUCCGCUGCACAGUUUUGACGGCCAAGGAUGACUCUCCUCAAGUACAGAGAUUGUUUGUUAAGAAAGUGCAAAAGCUUUUAAAGGAACAUAAGAUCCCUAGUAGAUAUGCAUGUGCAUUUCCAUUUGCGGCCACAGACUCUCCAAAAGAUCUCCAACAAAUAUCUUUGAAAUACAUGGAAGACUUUAUACAGGAAUAUGGAAAUGCAGCAAGAAUAAAUCGAAUGUCUACAGUGCCUGGACAUGUGACUGGUUUUCCUGUUUACAUAGUGGUUUUCUUGAUCCAUAUCCUAGCUCAUGAUCCGAACUUUCCCGCUGAUGAUCACCAUGAUGCCAACUUCUGUGCUCAGUUUUUCAGUCCACUCGUUUUCAGCUUGCGGGCAUUGGUUGAUUGUAAUUGCUCUGAUGGCACUGUGGACCUCAUUGGUAAAGCUAUUUCAUACUUGAGAAGUAUCUUCCAUGCAAUAAAAAAGGCAGAGGAUGCUGUUGAUGCACAAAUUACUCCUAAGCUGCAUAUUUUGUCAGAUAUUGGGAUUUCUUUGUUGGAUGCAAUAAGCAACAAAAGCGUCUCUCAUUCGCAUUUCUCCGGACUUAUUUUGCUGCCAUCUUCACUCUAUAAAGUUGGUCAAGAACAUAAUAGUCAGGGAAAAAGUGAUCUGUUAAUUCGUUAUCAGCUAGAUGAAGAUUUCAUUGGGAGGUUACUUGAUGGUUCGAAAAAGAAAGCUGAAACUGCUGCCAUGACGCGGUCAAGUAACAGCGGGGGCAGCAAAUUGGAAAUGCAAUUAUGCAAAAAGGGCCCUCUCCCGUUGAGCAUGACAAAAGAGAACUGCAGUCAUUCAUAUUCAGAUAAGGAGGAGAUAAGUGAAGCUAAUCAGGAGCUCACUACUAGAGAAAUACAAAAAACAUCUAAACCAUUUUCAGCUUCUCCAUCAUUUGAAUUACAUAAGGAGUUUUCGAUUGAUGACGAACAUGAAGAUGAAGCACACGGAACCAGUGAAGCAGUGAUCAGAACUGAGCAGCAACCAUAUUGUUCAAGAACUCUCAGGUCACAAACCUUGUCUGAUCAGAAGGAUAAACAUCCACGUUCUUUGAAAGAAAAAGACGCAAUCUCAAGAUGUAAAACCGUAAUGCGUGAGCCUUCUAAAUCCAUGAAAGGCAACAGCCCAGAUAUCUCCAUCUCAAAGGGAAGCAAAAAUACUGGUGAAAAGUUAAUCAGGCAGCAAAAAGAACUGUGCUCUUCCGAGGAUAAACGUUGUUCUGGAAGCACCGAGGCUUCUGAUUCUAGCAACAACUCUCUCAAGGAUCCGUGUGGUCUUCAAUCACGGUGCAGUGACCAUGACAAGUGCUCUUCAUUUGAUAGACCAAGGAAAAAUAGCGACAUGAUUGGAUCUGUCUCUCAACAAGAAGAUGGCUUGUCAGAGGAUAAAUCUAAGUGUGGUAGUAAAAGGACUGCCUUAGCUGAGUCAAAGAAACAGGAGAGUGUUUUUGUCGACUCAUCAGGUUCUGAAGUCAUUGAUGUGAAUGAGGAUCCUAUUGCCCGAAGAACUCGAAGUCGAAGAGUUUGAAUAUAUUUUACAGAGAUAAACGAAAGGCUAGCUUGUUGAGUAAUUUUAUUUUGGGCAUUCUCCAUCUCAGAGAAGGAGCAUAAUGUUUGACUGAUUACGUCAAAAUUUUCAGCAAUCCUCUAGCAAAUAGCUGAGUCUUUGGGCAGGAGUUAACGAUUGGCUGUUGUGAAUAGUUAAAUGAGAUGCUUUUAUUAACCUAAUGUUUAGAUGGUGAAACUACGACCCCUGUAUGGUUUCUGUAAAUAGUGAAUAUGUCGCUGUUGAUGGAUUUUCAUACAAGUGAGGAAACUCUCUGAACCCAACUAUUACAGUAUAUAUUUACCAAAAGCUAUAUCAAUGUAUGUCAUUAAAAAGAUUUCGAGAAGACUAAAUGUUAUUGUAGUCUGUAGAUCUGUGAUCUUGAUUGAACUACUUUUCACUAGUUCAUGAAAAGAUAGAAACCCUAUUGAAGGGAAUACGUUUGUUUAUUUCACAAAAUUGGAA